GCUUAUUUUAUGAAUUUUGGUGUCCAUGCUGAUUAUGUGAACGUAGACAUAAUCCAUCAUCAUUCAAAAAGUAGAUACAUCAAUGUAGUUUUGCGGCAGAAAUAUCUUUAACAGAAAACAUUACUUUAUAGAAAGAAAAUGUCAGAUCUGGUAAAACUGAGAAACUUUGGAAAGCAAAAACCAGAGGUAAAUAUGGAAGAUAAGAUAUGCGAAAUAUCUGCUCUGUUUCAACAUUAUGACAAACAUGAAUUGAAGAGGGUUAUAAUACAUGUGAACAACUUUUUAACAUAAAAAACUGACCAAGGUCACAUGCAUGUAUUUUAACUGGGAAAAUAUAGGGUCUACCUUAACUGUCCCUACUGUUGGUUUCCGACUGCUCACGAAACAAUCAAAAUGCUGCAUUUUAUGGAUGAACUGCACAGGCAUAUAAGAAAAUGAAUUCAGGGCAUCAUGGCAAGCACAAAGUCGUCGGUAUGAAGUCAAAUUUGAAGGGCAGACAGGGGGGCAAAUACGAAGAAGCUCCAAACUCCCAGCUAGUUUUCUACAGAUCUGUCUAAAAUUAUUGAUAUUAUAUAGUCCAAGGUAUGCACAUUUCGUUCCAUAUUUAAAUAUGAAUUCUUUGGAUUUAAAUUUUAAAACUCCAUAAAUAUGACGAUGGUGUGGAUUAGGCAUGGUUUAAAUAGGUUGAAAUAUGACAACGCAUAGGCUAGAGCCGGCAAAAUUUUAAAGCGUAAGCGAACGUGGAAAAAACCGCACGCCAAAUGGUAGCUUGCAAACAGCAGCAUAAAAUGACCUUUCUGCGAGCCUGUUAAACCUAGGGCGUGUUCAUAUGAGCCCUGAAAGAUUCUCAUUUUACAAAAUUAAUAUGGAUAAAGAUAAUGCAGAUAAACCCUCCAGCCUUGCUUGUUAAGUAAGAUAUCACCUUGUGGCUAGGUCGGAUCCCAGCAAUGUGGGACCAAAUUUCCAGUGUACGGUUCAUCCCACCAGGAUAGAAUAUUUUGCCGAUUUUGACCUGUAAGAGUAAAACAAAACAAGAAAAAAUAGACUUAACAGGCGAUACUAAAUUCGAAAGGUACGUACAAAUUAAAUUUGUUCAAUUACAACAAAAAAUAUUUCGAAGGUGCUAUGUUUUCGUAGUUUCGUGCCACCGGGGCGGGAUAUUAAUCAUCUGAACGCAAGAAUACUUUCCAAUUAGGUGAGCUUUCUGGUAAACCGGGCUCAUACGAACAAGCCUUUAUAUCAUUAUUUUCUGAUUGUUGAUACAGGCGAUCGAAAAGAGCAGGUAGUUGGAUCAGAUGAUUUGGUCAGGCGACUUCAACAUGAAUUAAAGAAAGUGAAGGAAGAUUACUGUGUUCUGAAGAAUACGAAUGAUGAAAUGGCUACCGACAUACAACGCCUACAAAAGAAAAAUGAUGACAUGAACUAUGAAAUUAAGGUACUGGGGCUUGAUAACGAUGACAAGGGCAAUAAGACUGAGCAAUUUCGACAAGCAAGAAGUCAGAUAGACCGGCAGGAAAACACCCAAACCAAUGACGAGAACCGCCAACAUAAAAAAGACAACAGUAAUACGAGCAAUGAAACUCUGCAACUUCGACAAGUCAAAAGUCAGAUGGAGAACCAAAUUCAGCAACUUAAACGACAGAAAAGUCAGAAAGAAAAGGAAAAUCAGCUACUUCGAGAGGAAUUCGAAACCAACAAAAGGAAUGACGAAAUUAGGCAACAUCAAGAAGACAACAGUAACCUGAGCAAUCAAUUUCAGCAAGAAAAGGACGACAUGAACAACGAAAUUCAGCAACUUCGACAAGCGAAAAGUCAGAUGGAGAGCCAAAUUCAGGAACUUCAACGAGAGAAAAGAGAAAUUGAAAAGGAAAGUCAGCAACUUCGAGAGGAAACCAACAAAAGGAAUGACGAGAUUCGGCAACAACAAGAAGACAACAGUAACCUAAGUCAUCAACUUCAGCAACUUCAGCGAGAAAAGGAUGACAUGACCAAUGCAUUGCAAGAACUUCAACAAGAAAAUAACAUGAACAACGAAGUUCAGCAACUUCGACAAGCGAAAAUUCAGAUGGAGGACCAAAUUCAGCAACUUGAACGAGAGAAAAGUCAGAAAGAAAAGGAAAUUCAGCUACUUCGAGAGGAAACCAACAAAAGGAAUGACGAAAUUAGGCAACAUCAAGAAGACAACAGUAACCUGAGCAAUCAACUUCAGCAAGAAAAGGACGACAUGAACAACGAAAUUCAGCAACUUCGAGAAGCGAAAAGUCAGAUGGAGAGCCAAAUUCAGCGACUUCAACGAGAGAAAAGUGAAAUUGAAAAGGAAAGUCAGCAACUUCGAGAGGAAACCAACAAAAGGAAUGACGAGAUUCGGCAACAUCAAGAAGACAACAGUAGCCUAAGUGAUCAACUUCAGGAACUUCAGCGAGAAAAGGAUGACAUAAACAAUGCAUUGCAAGACCUUCAACAAGAAAAUAACAUGAACAACGAAAUUCAGCAACUUCGACAAGCGAAAAUUCAGAUGGAGAACCAAAUUCAGCAACUUCAACGAGAGAAAAGUGAAAUUGAAAAGGAAAGUCAGCAACUUCGAGAGGAAACCAACAAAAGGAAUGACGAGAUUCGACAACAUCAAGAAGACAACAGUAACCUAAGUAAUCAACUUCAGCAACUUCAGCGAGAAAAGGAUGACAUGAGCAAUGCAUUGCAAGAACUUCAACAAGAAAAUAACAUGAAAACUGAAAUUCAGCAACUUCGAGAAGACAACAAGUCUAGUUUCAUUACAGAAAGGGGAUCAGUAAAAGUUUCCAAAGAAGUACUAGGAAAAGGUGCUUAUGGUACUGUUUACAGUGGCGAUUUUUAUGGAACUAAAGUAGCAGUUAAGGAAUUUCAUGAAAUCAUUUUAUCUCCACAUAAUGAAGAAAUCCUUGGGCGUGAAAUAGAAAUCGCAUCGCAAUGUCGACAUCCCUAUUUACUACAGUUUAUCUGUGCCAUAGAGAAUGAUCAACACCAUCUUUUAAUUGUAACUGAACUGAUGGAUAUGGCCUUGCGUACAUUACUAGAACAACGUGCCAACGCGAAAUCGCAUUUGGUCCAUCAGGAAGUCAUAUUAAUUUCCUUUGAUGUGGCACGUGGCCUCAACUACCUUCAUUCAAAAACACCAAACCCAAUUAUCCAUCGUGAUGUUAGCAGUGCCAACGUCUUGUUAAGGAUUGAAAAUGGCGCGGUAAGAAGAGCGAAAAUAUCAGAUUAUGGUUCAGCUAAUUUAAUGCAAAGGUGCAAUACACCAAAUCGUGGAGCAGCGCUUUACGCCGCACCUGAAGCCAGCGGAAGUCAACAAGGCCCAAAGGUAUAAUUAUAUUUAAAAUUAUUUGCAUGAUUAAGUACGGCAAAAGACCUACUUUUUAAAUCAAAAUAGAAUCGACUGUUAAGAAUUUGUCUUCUUUACAGCAGUCUUACUUAUACCUACAGCCUUACAACAAUUACAACAAUUGUGAUAUCAUAGCCGUACGGAAAGAAAAAAAGUCUACCGGGGGGGGGGUAGAGCGGGGGAUUUACCCGACUUUACCCCCAUUGUGCUCGGCUUACUGAAAAAAAAUAUUUCCGUGUAAACUUUCCAAAAUUGUUGUCGACGGAACGUCGGGAAAUCGACGAAAAAUUGCAUAAACCACGGUAGUAAGGGGAAUAUGUCUGACAAUCUCUAAUCAAUUAAUUGGCCAGUUUGAAUUCAUUUUACUUGUUUAAUCUUGUUUAUAUUUACGCAGAUAGAUGUGUUUAGCUAUGGUUUGUUAGUAUGCGAGAUGUCUGUUGGUGAGCUACCUCAUCCCGAACCAGUCCAAAGAAAGGAUCAAAUUAUUAGGAUUCCGAAUGCUGGGAUAAAACGAUUGGUGCAAAGUUGUACAGACGGAGACCCACAAAGAAGGCCAACAAUGCAAGUCGCAAUUGGAUUUUGGCAAAACAUGAAAUAAGACCGAACACUGCUACCGCUAUAAUGCAAUAUAACAACUUAAAUCUGCUUUGCCAGUGACAUAUUAUGGCCUUAUGUAACAUUUUAGGAAUUCUAUCAUAUAUUGAACAUUUGAGUCUUUUCAUUAGCUUGGGCAUGGCAAUCGUGGUCGAGCGCUUCAACACACAAAACAGCAAAAAUCACAAACUUGGCCUUCCAAGCUCAUGUUACAAUAUAACUCCUGACACUCAUGAUUUCAAUGUUGUUUAUUUUCAGUGCUUUGUGCCUAACGCCUAACGCCUAACGGAUACCUAAGACUGUUUCGGAGAAACGGUGGGUUAACCAUUCGCCGGUGAAGUGAUAUGUUAACAUACAGACAAAUAGCUGACUGAAAAAAACUUGGCAAUCUCUAAUUUUGUUUUUCAAAUGGCACUCUUAUAGCAAGGAGGGCCUAUACAUGUAUAUAUCUUGUCGUUUUUUAAACUUCAGACACGUAUUGCUAAUUAUAUUCUAUAAUGGCCCUAAUGUUUACCAAGAUAAAUAUAAUAGCAGUUACUUCCAUGACUAGCCUGCGAACAGGCUCUCAAGCUGAAUUGAGAGCCUGCAUCGAUGAUUAAUGAAUUUGAAUAUCUG